UAUAAAUACACAUACUGAUAUAUGUAUCUGUCUAUGCAUAUAUAGAGCUUGCUGUACAUUUGUCCGCAGUACAAAUGUUUGUUUAAUUUAGAUAACAACUUCGAAUGGAUCCUAAUAUAAUGAGAUCCUUAAUUACAGGACAUAUCUCAAUGAAAUACUUUGUGUGCAUCAGUGUGCCCAUGGCCAUUUUGCUUCAGUGCAUAGGGAAAAUUACAGCUUUGGAUUACUUAUGUUACAUUGGAUACCACCACUGUAGUGGUUCACAAUGGUGUUGUCCUAAUGGCUAUGUAUGUACUGGUACCCAAUUGUGUCUUACAGUAGGAGCCAUUAUUGGAAUUGUGAUAGGCGUACUGUUUGGUGUGGGAAUUGUUAUAGCAAUUAUCGUAAUAUGUUGUCGUAGAGGUAGAUCUAGCUCUCGUGGAACUCGUCUUCAAGCACAGAGCGGUGUUGUUAUAAUGCCACCAGAGCAACAAGGAUAUCAUCAGACAGGCUAUUCACAGGCAGCAUAUCCGCAAACAGGAUAUCCAAUGGCAGCAUUUCCACCAACAGGAUAUCAACAAGAAAGCCUACCUCUUAAAUCCUAAUUAUAAAAGAAGAUAAUUAUGCUUGAAGUCAAACUGUUACACAAUUGUAUUGUUACAUUCAAUUUAUUAAUAGUGUAGAAUAAAGACAAGACAUGCAAAGCGAUAAGUGCUGCUUCCAAUAUUUACAAACCUUCUCUAUCUAAAUUAAUAAUUUGCUAGAAACAAUCAAUAACUUUGGAGAAGGGAUAUUUAAAUGUGGAAUUUUUGUUUACUGAUUUCUUUCUUUCCUUCUUUUAGAAUGCAUCAUUUAUCUAUUUUUUAUUAUUCUGUAAUAUUAUAAUAUAUACAUGUAUUUAUAUGCAAUCUUGAUGAAUGCAGUCAGUAUUCAUUUUUGUUAAA